AUUUACAACUUUUAAAAAAUCACAGACAGGCCUAGAUAGUUUUAGACAAGGGUGAUUUACGUCGUUGCUGCGUAUGCAUUUGCGUAGUUACAUGUGUCAGGAGGAUUGCGCAUGCGCACAUCACGUGAAGACUCGGGUUAUUCUCGAAACGCUUCAGAAACAAACUGUUAACCAAGCUUUCCUCUUAAUAUGAUUGCUACUAAGCUAAUUUGGCCAGUUUCCUUCUUUCUGGUAUUUGGUAUUUAAUGGUAAAAAUGAGUCUAGAAUCUCUUUUCGAGCAAAUCCUGUUGACAGAGCAGCAGGUGUCGGAAAAUAUCAAGCAGCUUCAUGAAGUUAAAGCUGCAAUCAAGAGUGUACAGGACAAAAUAAACUCCUCAUGUGAGAAACUGGAGAAAGCACAUCGUGAACUUGACGAGAAGGCUCAGCUCCUGUCAGAAAACAAACUGCAGCUUGUUUUGAUGACAAAGCGACGGGAUCAACUGGAAAGGCAGAGAGAGGAACUCCUGGAGCUGCAGAGAGAUCUCAAAGAAACCCUGGACAGGCUGAAAAGAGAAUACUGUGAAGAAAGAGAGAAAUUCUUGAAGGAGAUGAUAACUUUCAACAAUAAAUUCAGCCUAAUCAGCAACAGAAACGCUGUUUUUCACACCCAAACCCGCUCUAAGAUCCAGAGUCUGGAGUUGGAAGCUGAAACUCUACACAAAGACUCAAGAAAGAGCUGGAGUUAUAUAAAGAAGAAGAGCUUGAGCUUCUGCGAGAGACCCUCAGCUCUGAGAUUCACUCCCUGCGACUGGUCUUGUCUAUGUGGGCGGCUUUGUGACCUUGGGAAAUUUGAGCAUCUUCUUGGUGCUGCGUACAGAGAAUUGAAAAUGUCAGAGUCAUUCUCUCUCCACCUUGAUAAGCCUCUAUUAAAAAUUGUUCCUGGGAUCACCAGCAAGCAGAAAAAGCCAACCUACAGAUUGAAGGAGACUGCAAAAGUGAAGGCUCUGAGAGUGUGAGUAGCAAUUUCCCCGUCAGUGCUGGGUGAGAGUUAUUUGAUUUUGAGGCCAACAAUAAAGGAUUCAUGUAUACAGAUUGAGUCGAUGUUCUUGAGCUGAGCUGAAGGUUACCUGUGGAGCGUUUGUCUGAUUUACACUGCCGUUUGGCAGAAGCGUUGCUCUCCCGGCCACAGUCCGGAACCCUCCCUUCCAUAUGUCUGGCUCUGGAUGGAGAGAGAGAAGAAUAAAGACACACACAGAGAGAGAGAGACCUUCAUUAGCAUUGCUCUCAGGGCCAGCAGGUGUUCUGUGCAGAUGGGCCUGUGAACAGAGUCUUCCACCUCCACAGCCAGCCACUCCUAACUAAAUCUGUCCAGAGGCCUUCUGACCUCUGACAGCAUCCUGUGAGUCCCUUCCUUCAUUUGAAUGUACAGGGGGCAUUGUGUUUGCUCUCAAUGUCGGCUCAGUGUGAGCUUGAAUUGAUUGAUCAUCUGUGAUACAUGUCACGUGGCAUGAUGUUUCUGGUCUUCAUUUUUUCAAUAAAGUUUGGCAUUAGCAUGUUGUUCUGCCAGGAACACUUAUGUCAAAGAUAAUUGACAAUUAGCAUACAGUUUAGAUUGGCAGUAUGGUUGUGUUCUGGGCAAGCCUAUGCACGCAGCCUCGCAUGGAUAAGAGCAGGGAGCGCAGCAAUAAAACCCAGUGAAAAGAACCAAAGCAACAUUAAUGAUAUCUGUAAUACAUUUAUGUUCUUGAUGACAAUGACAUUUGGGAAUACCAGAGGCCAAAUCUUGACUGUGAACAAGAGGUGGAGCUGGGAACGGUGGAGGGUAAUUAGCUUCUGAGCAACGCAAUGAAAGCAGCUGAAGGAUAACUGAAAAGGUAACUUAACUUUUGGUCAAUUUAAUGCAUCUUGCUAAAUAAGUAUUAAUGUCUUUCUUUUAUGACUUACACUACAACAGUAC